UGAUAAAAGAAUAACAUUGUGAUGAUCACUGCUGGUGUACGAUGAUGAUGAUUGCUUACUAAUCAUCUAUGAAAGUGCGACUCUGUACGAAACUUAAAUGUGCGUCCCCGUUUGUGCUGCUGCUGCUGCAAUCCCUCCCGACAUAGCAUCAGACCUUUGUGGACCCAUACCGGUACCCGGAACAGCGCAGCAACGCUCCGUCGCUCCGUUGAGUGUGUGGUGUUGGCAAACGGAGAAAUAAACAAAGCUCGUUUUUGCACCACCGAGGCUAAGAUUGAUCCAUGAUGAACUCGUUCCUACGUGGAUCGAUGAACUAUGUCUGGUGUACGACCAGCGUACUGGGCAAGGGUUCGACGGGGGCCGUCUUCCAAGGGGUCAACAAACACAACGGUGAACCGGUGGCGGUGAAAACCUUCAACCAGGUUUCCCACAUGCGCCCGCAGGAUGUGCAGAUGCGAGAGUUUGAAGUGCUGCGGAAGGUGAAUCACAACAACAUUGUGAAGCUGCUCGACAUCGAGGAUGACCAGGAGGGACGGGGCAAGGUGAUCGUGAUGGAGCUCUGCACCGGGGGCAGUUUGUUUAACAUACUGGACGAUCCGGAAAAUACGUACGGUUUGCCACAGAAGGAGUUUCUGCUGGUGCUGGAGCAUCUGUCCGCCGGGAUGAAACAUUUGCGCGAUAACAAUCUGGUGCACAGGGAUUUAAAGCCGGGCAACAUAAUGAAGUACAUCUCCGAGGAUGGCCAAACGGUGUACAAGCUGACGGAUUUCGGUGCUGCCCGGGAGCUGGGCGAGAAUCAACAGUUUGCCUCGCUGUACGGCACGGAAGAGUAUCUUCAUCCGGAUAUGUACGAACGUGCCGUGCUGCGGAAGUCGAUCAACCGUAGCUUCACGGCCAACGUGGAUCUGUGGUCGAUCGGUGUUACGCUGUAUCACGUCGCGACGGGCAACCUACCGUUCCGGCCGUACGGUGGACGCAAAAACAAGGAAACGAUGUACCACAUCACGACCAAGAAGGCGCCGGGCGUUAUUUCCGGCACGCAGACGAGCGAGAACGGGCCGAUCGAAUGGUCCAAAACGCUACCGGCGCACUGUCAGCUGAAGGAGGGACUGAAGCAACUCGUCACCCCGCUGAUGGCGGGGCUGCUCGAGGAAAGCCAGGGCCGUAUGUGGUCGUUUGACAAGUUUUUCCUCGAGGUGCAAAACAUUCUGAACAAAACGGUGCUGCACAUAUUCUACGUUAAUCGGGCGCACUCGAUCGAGGUGUACCUGGAACCGGAACAGACGCUCGUCCAUCUGCGGGAACACAUACUGGCGCAGACCGACGUUCCCCAGGCAUCGCAGCUGUUGCUGCUGGACAACGAGCUGUUUGCGACGAAGGUGGAUGCCAACACUAGCGCACGCGGAUAUCCACCGACGGAAGCGAACAAUCCGGUGAUGCUGUUCAACAUCGAGAACUAUAACGUGAUUCUACCGACUGAGUGGGAUCUGCCCAAAUUCCCUACAUUCCCGAACGGCAUUUCGGUGGAGAACGAUGCGAGCCUGGCGAAGGUGGCCUGCAGCGUGGGGCACGAGUGUAAACGGCGCGUGGAAAGCAUGUCCCUGCUCGACACGCUGAUGAACAAAUCGGUGCACCAGUUUUCCGGCUUUUUGGCCGGUUUUCUAGUAAAGUUACUUAAACGUACCCGCCACUUGGAGGAUGUAGAAGGACUGAUCUCGGAGCUAGCCAAAAUGUUUGAAGUUGCGGCAUCCAAUGUAAGGUGCUGGUGUGCCAUCGCCUUCGGCACUAUUCUGGCUAAUUUGGUUCUGUUUCUGUUCCCCUUUUCGCAGCACGAAACAUACCAAAAAUUCGGCACAACCAUACUCGCAAGCUACGAUAAGCAAAAAGCCGACUUUCAGCGCGUGUCCGAACCGAUCCAGCAGCUGUACGGGCGCUUCGUGAAGGAAGAAUCGCUCGUGCGCGAAUGGAACUCGGGCUACCGGGCGCUGCGCACACCGAACAAGAACCGGGACAGCGAGAAAGCCAAAUCGCACGUCGACCGGCUGCGCGAUUCCUGGCAGCACAUGUUGCGCGACCGUGCCACCCGCUCGCUCACCUACAACGACGAACAGUUCCACGUGCUGGAGAAGGUAAAGAUUGCCGAAACGGGCAAACGGCUGAAAACGCUGCUGAACGAUGGCGUCCGGCAGGCGGUUGAACAGGAAGCGGAAUGUUUGGCCGACUGGUACAAGAAGGCGCAAACGAUCUUCCUGCAGACACAGUUCCUCAUGAAGGAUGUCGGUGCGUACGUGGACGCACUGUACGAUUUGCGCGAACAGUUGAAGCAGCAUCGGGAAGACCUGAAGGAGGAGAUCAGCACGGACGGUGAGGUGUCGAAAACGAUCGCGCACAAAUCGAUACCACCGAGCACGACAUCCACCGCGACCGCAACGAUCCCGAUCGUGGGUGAGAUGGAUGGAAGCGAGAAGGGACUGACGGCGCGACAGAAUCAGCUGAAAAAGAUGUGCAUCGUGAACUUGUACAACCAAAUCAAAGAGGUAAAGAAGAUGCUUCACCAAAACUGGGAUCUUCUGGCGGCAACGGAAGGAUUGCUUCCGGAUACGGGCGAUCGGACGGCAACGUAGGUAGAUACGGCCCCGCAGCUACCUAUACCCGUUCCUGGAGUUUAAGUGUUGCGGAUAGAGCUUAAGAACGUAUGUCGAUGAGCUGCUCUGUAGAGAAUGAACUCGUUUUUCUUAUUGUAUAGGAGGGCUACAGUAUUUUCUGCAAGUUGUGUACUAUAUAACGAUGAUGGCUCUAAAGUGUGCCUGUACUGGAUGAAAUAAUAUAUGAAUAUUUUUUUUUUGCUAUAUUUUAUAUCAUAAA